GGCUGCUGAUGCUGUCUGGAACAAUAAUAAUAUUCUUAUCUUCCUUCAUCUGAUCCGGUUUCACACUUUUUACUCGGAUCACUUUUUCGAAUUCUCAUUCCUCUCCUUACCUUCAGUGCCUCCCACCUUUGAGCCAAGCACCCAAGCCAACUCUUCAACCUCGCGUGCCUCAGUCCCCGAUUUUGCAGUCAAAUCCCUCACAAGUCACCCGUCCUAGUUGGCUCUUGGCGCCACUUCAGACGCCCUUUUCACCAAUCCGCUUCGGUCCUCUUCCCCUCCCUGCGUUUCAGCCGCGAUCGCAAGACCCAAGACCCCCAAGAGCUCGCUGAAUCCAACGCUUUGUGACACUCCUCGACGUUACCCAAAGACUUUGACUUCGCCUCCCUCUUUUCCGCCUUGCCCUUGCCACCUUUCCAGAAGUUUCACUUUCAUCUUCCCCUCGUCACCAAACGCACGCCCAACGGUUACUGGCGUGAUUUCUUCCGCUUCAAGACCAACAACAAACCGUCGCUGAGCCGGACCACAACCUUUUGAGGUUGUGGUAUUUUCACCCCAAUCCCCUAUCAAUCACUCACCACCACCCUCGCCAUCGUCAAAAUUCGUUCUCACGCCAUCAGUAACUCCCUCCUCGGAGGUCAAGACACUUACCAACCCAUUCCUGGAGGAUACCACCACCGGGAAGGCUAUGCUGUAAACAACCAGGCACCAAAGAGGUUUCGUUCGAAAAUGUACAUUCCCAAUACGAAAUGGACUUGGGCCUUCGCCAUUGUCGCUUUGGUACAAGCAUGUAUCAUCCUAGCAUUUGAGAGUUAUGUCUUUGGCCAUUUCCAAAUCCAUCUAAGAGACUCGGAUGCGCCGAACAGUAAUGACGAUAGUUCAGUCCGCACGAUCCCUACCUUUCUCACAUUAUACAUCUUUGGCUUUCUGUACCAACUGCUGUUGGUUUGGGAUGCCCUCCGCAUGAAGAACACCAUCCAGGUCAUUGGACUUGUUAUGUACAACAUUGGCCUACUCAUCUAUGGUGCGGUACAAAUGGAACAAAUCAGAGACGCCAUCUUUUCCCUGGCCGAAUCCGAAGCAGUCCACAAAAGCCUGUGGUCCGACAUCAGACCAUUCCUUCUGGCCAUCCCCUGUAUACUGGCUUUGGGCACCGUAUGCAUGGCCUUUAUCGCGUGGAAGUUGUACGACGAGUUCGCUUGGACCAUCUACAAACGCAUUUCAGCCGACCUGCGUAUGAAACGCCGAUAUCUCUACUACCAGGUCUAUAUCGCCCUGCUCAAGUUCGAUUUCUUCUUUUUCCUCGGCUUCACCGUCCAAUUCGUCGUUAUUGUUACCCGUCAACAAAAUGUCGAAUUUGCUCUGACUAUUGCCGCCAUUCCUGUUACCAUCUUGAUUCUUCUAGCCGCUGCUUGGUUCGUCAGGAAGGAGAAUCUUUGGGGAACCAUUGGCGUCAUCGUAAGCUCACCUCAUCUCCGCUCCGAUCUGCACCGAGAGUACCGGUUUACUGACCUUAGCAUUAUCUAGAUUCUGUAUUUUGGCGGCCUAGCAUACUUCAUUUUCAAGCUGGUACGAAUGUACUCGGCGGCUCGAGAAAAGGCGUACGAGCCAGCUCGAAAAGAGUUGUCGACUUUCGCCGUCUUGACUAUUAUUCUGAUCAUCCUGACCAUUAUUCUUGCGUGCAUCUGUGCACACAACUACGGCAAAGGACUCAAACCAUACAUCACCAAGAUACGACCCAUUGAAGACGACGAGAAACCAAUGGGAAGCGCGUAUGCGCCGUACGCAACGGAGAUGUCGCCAGGAGUGGCGUCGGGAAAGAACACCUACGCUGGACCAUCUCAGGGCCGAAUGGAGAUCGACUGAACACGCUACAGCGACAAAGGGGUUUUCGCCCUGUUUGUAGCCAUGAUGACAUGUUAGCGGGCGUUGGAUUCCCUCCUUGGACUUGGAGGUUUCAUUUUGCACAACAUUUUUCUAAAAAGGCCGUAUUGGAUGACGGGGUGUUGGGAUCGGAACGGGCUUUCAACCAUGAGAUCGCGGUGGACGGAUCCGCCUGGUUGUCAACAGACUCUGUAUGUGUGAUUACGAGAACUGUCUACAUACACAAAGGGACUAUCACAUUUGGCGAUGAAUUUGAUAUAUUGACGACAUGUGCAUUGGAAGAUUUGUACAUUCCGAUAUGGCCAGAACAUACCAUGGAUGCUGUCUGCGCACCCAUCAUGACAUCUUGAUGAUCCGAACGGGCGUGAUGACACGAUUAUCGUAGGCUAAUAUCCUCCUAUCUGACACCUUUACUGUGCUCUGCUCGUCAUCCAUACAUCCUGAUGGACUGUCGAUAGUACGAAAAUCAAAGAGAAGCCAAGUCCGUC